GGGGCUCAGCUGUCUCACCUGUCCCAUCCCCCCUGUCCCAGGUGAGGCACCUGGAGGUGUCGAGCGCGUCCAUGGCCGAGGAUCUGUGCAGGAAGAGCGCCAUCAUCCAGAGCUUCGUGCGCGACAGCCGCACAGAGGCCGCGGGCCCGGCGGGUCCCCCCCGGCGCGGGGCGGGGUCGGGGGCGGGGCCAGGCGAGGAGGGGCUGCGGGAGAUGAACAAGAAGCUGCAGAACCUUCUGGAAGAGCAGCUGACCAAGAACCUGCACCUGGCCCAGGACCUGGAGUCGCUGUCCCAGGAGCUGGCGCAGCUCAGGAAGGAACAAGCGGCACCCCCGGGACCCCCCUGAGGGGCGUGGCUUCCUCUCGUGGGCGGGGCCUCGCCCCCCGCCCCUCCGUAAGCUCCGCCCCCCGGCUGGGGCGCUGCUGCGGGGGGGGGCGUUGCCCUUUUAAUAACGCUGUGGACCCCACCGGCGCUGCCCCUUUAAGGCGGGAGCGUUCCCUCCGUGGCGUUGCCCCUUUAAGGCGGAGCCCCGGAGGUCGUUGCCCCUUUAAGAGCGGGGCCGUUCCUCGCCCCUUUAAGGCGGACGUGGUCCCCACUGUGGCGUUGCCCGUUUAAGGGGGGGGGGGUCCCGCAUGCGUCCCCCUCCCUUCAAUAAACCCGAUGUGAA